UGCCCACUCUCUGAUACAUUUUGAACCUUAUAAUUUCAUCCAUCCCCUUCAUUGUCUCCCGGUUCUAUUCCAGCUUGUCAGACAGACUUCACCAGAGGAACACUUAUUGCAAACAAAGACAUGGGGUUCUUGUCUUUUUUGACAACAAGACUAAUAGAGAAGAUUAUCCAUUACUCUCCUCUCUACAUUUCUUUAAAGACAAAACCAGACAAAUGGGCUUUUUUAACACAACUAAAAAAGAAAAAGAAAGAGCACAGAAUCUACCCCAAAAAAAAAGAGAAAAAAACACAGACAAAAUGAGACCUAAUGAGACCAAAUGAGUCCAACCCCAACCCCCCACCCCCCCACAACUCCUCUCCAUUAUAAAGCUCCUCCACCUCCUCCUCCGUAAUUUGCCCCCUUUGCUCCCUUUGCUCCAUUAAAAAUGCUCUUCCUCCUCUUCCUCCUCCGUAAUUCGCCCCCUUUGCUCAGUUAAAAUGGUCCUCCUCCAGGUCCUCCUCUCCCUCCCCCUCCUCCUCCUCCUCCGGCAGAGGACUCCAUCUUCUACUCCUACACCAAAAGCAUCAAUGGCUAUGCAGCACGCCUUGAAGAAGACGAAGUGAAGGAGAUUGAGAGUAAGUCCGAACAAUCCUUCAACCAGCUCUCAGAAAGAGAAGGCGGCAGGGCAUAGACAGUACACAAUAGUAGUAAUAGAUGGCACCCGGGAAUGAUGAUUUCUAUGUCGCAGGACCCUUUCAUAUCCGUUCUCUUCGCUGGUGUGAUCCAUAUCAAAGAAGAGCGGUCAUGGCAAGUUUAGUGAAAGGAGUAAGUGUCAUGGAAAAAGAUCGGGUAAAGGGCCGACGCGACCAUCUUGCAUUAGCCCCACUUUGGUGGAAGUCCUUCAGUUUCGAGCUAGAGAGCGAGAUCAAAGAUGAUGCCGGUUCCAUGAUAAUUGGUGCCAUCUACAAAUUCAAAUCAACAGAUUGCGGUGGGACUGUUAAUAGCUUGCAGGUUCAGAAUUGUCCUCCCAGCUAUGUCGUUGCCUUUAGGGGCACAAUCCCGAUUCCGACGAGUAAUACAGUCACUGCCUUGGUGCAGUCCACAAAUACCACAAUGAGAGACUUCAAGGAUGAUUUCAUGUGCCUUUUCCACCACCUCCACAACAGCUCCCGCUUUAAGGUCGCGAAGGAGAAGGUCUGGGAAAUCAUUAAUACUUUUGGACCAUCAAGAAUCUGUUUGGCUGGGCAUUCUUUAGGUUCAGCGUGCGCAAUGCUCAUUGGGAAGGAGAUGGCAAGGUCAGAUUUCAUCCUUGAGACAUACCUAUUCAACUCACCAUUCAUAUCCAUACCGAUUGAGUACUGCAUCAGCCCUGAUUUCAGCCGUGCAUUCGACACUGUUAACAGCAUCACAAAGGUCGGAGUUGCCUAUUUAGUCAAGUUUUUCCGUGGCCGACCAGUGCGCGACAGUAGUUUCAUGGCCCUGUCCAAGUGGUUCCCACACAUUCUUGUGAGCCCAUCCGACCCUAUCUGUUCCGGCUACAUCAGGUACUUUGAGCGGCGAAAGUUUAUGAAAUCUAAUGGACUCGGGAAGUUGGAGAACAUCGCGACUCAGAAUUCCUACAAAUCUCUGGUCUCUGGUGCACUGGAACUGGGGUGGGAUUUUGAACCGGAGGAUAUCCUCCCUUCUGCACAUCUAAUCGUUAAUACGGAUAAAAAAGCUGGUCCUAUCGAUGCUCAUAAACUUAAGCACUGGUGGCAUCCCUGGACCCGGUGCCAAUCGUCGAGUCAUUCACUAAGCUAAUGUUGUGUUUGUUGGGGGUUAUUAGUAUAUAUAAACUAUAUGAAAUGGCCAGCGUUGCAAGUCCUAGCUGGUAUCGUAUAUUUCAAGUUAUCAUUCCAAUCGAUGCGGUAUGGAAUGAAAUAGUAUCAUCCUGAAUUAGGUACAUAGGUUAUUUGUCAAGAGCCUUCCUUUGCCAUUUUAAUAUAUAUGUAAUUUGGGGGUUUAGUGCUUUCUAAAUGUUCAUUGAUAAUAAUACAGUGGUCUGUGUAGCCCAGCUUUGGCUAA